AUGUGUGGCAUCUUUUGCAUUGUGUGUCCAGAGUUUGGUUCCUUAACGAGGGACAACGCAGUGUGUGAACAUUUGAAAAGAAGAGGGCCAGACUCAAGCGUUGAUUUAAUCCUCUCAGGCUCCAAUCGUCCAUAUUGCUGUUUGUUCUUAGCCCAUGUUCUCCACAUGAGAGGUCUCCUCACCCCACAGCCAGUCCAAGACCAUGCCGGAAACCUCCUGCUCUGGAACGGGGAGGUAUUCGGAGGUCUAGAAGUUCGUCCAGCUGAGAAUGACACAUCCGUUGUCCUGAGGCAUUUGUCUUCUUGCAGCGAACAGUCUGACAUUUUGUCUGUCCUGUCCACCAUAAGAGGUCCCUGGGGUUUUGUGUAUUACCAGAAGAGCCAAGACUGCCUCUGGUUUGGUAGAGAUUACUUUGGGAGAAGAAGUUUGCUGUGGAAGUAUGACCAACAACUAAAGGCCUUGACACUCAGCUCUGUAGGAACCAGCCCUUGUGGACCUGGUCAAUUUGACUGUAGUUCUUCUGAACCUGGUUCAUGUGCAUGGCAUGAGGUCCCAGCCAUCGGCGUGUACAGAAUUGACCUCAAGUCAGUUGUAGAAUCCGAAUCACCAACAAUAGAACUUUAUCCAUGGUCUCAUGUUGGAGAUAAUAUAGUCUCUACCACCGUGGAGACUACCCAGCAUACAGGCCCGGGCAGCUGCAUCAUACUGAAAAAGCCCGUAGACCUGCUCAGAUCACCUGUUUGUCCUCUGAAUACGACACUGUAUGAGCCCCAAUCGAAUCCAGAAUUUGGCAUUGAUGAUCUGGAAGAGCUUCUGGACAAAAUGAAAAAUGAAGCGGUGAACGGUCUAAUCGAUGUCCUCAGUGAGGCUGUCAGGAGACGUGUCCAGUCUUUACCUGUUAAACCACAGGCCUGUAAUCAAUCGAGUGUCGCCAUCCUCUUCUCAGGCGGAAUUGAUUCCAUGAUUCUGGCUGUAUUGGCUCACAGACACAUUCCCAGUUGUCAAUCGAUAGACCUUCUCAAUGUGGCUUUUCAAUGCAAGGAGACUCUGAAAGAGACAUCCAAAAGACAAAAACCCAGUCAGAGUAAGUCUGAACCUGGAACUUAUAACAAAUUUGAUGUGCCAGACAGAAUCACCGGCAAAUCUGGCCUUAAGGAACUACGAGGCUUAGCUCCAGAGAGGAAAUGGAACUUUGUAGAAGUGGAUGUAACACGAGAGGAGCUCCAACAAAUGAGGCAUGAACGCAUCAGUCACUUAGUACAUCCACUAAACACUGUAUUGGACGACAGUAUUGGGUGCGCAGUGUGGUUCGCAGCCAGGGCCAAAGGGUUCCUAGCCCAGGACCAGAACCAGAGCAGCUUCACGUCUUCAGCCAAGGUUAUUCUAACUGGUAUCGGAGCAGAUGAGCAGCUAGCGGGCUACGCAAGACAUAGAGUGAGGUUCAAGACAUCUGGACAUGAGGGACUGGUCCAGGAAAUAGCCAUGGAGCUUGGCAGGAUCUCCUCCAGGAACUUGGGCAGAGAUGACAGGGUGAUUGCAGACCACGGGAAAGAGGCCAGGUUCCCAUACUUGGAUGAGAGCGUGGUGAGCUACCUGAACUCUUUGCCCAUGUGCGACAAGGCUGACCUGACGCUCCCGCGGGGCGUUGGCGAGAAACUGCUGCUGAGGCUGGCCGCCCGCCACCUGGGCCUUGGGGCAUCCGCCGUCCUGCCCAAGAGGGCCAUGCAGUUUGGUUCGCGCAUCGCCAAGAUGGAGAAUGGCCGCGAGAAGGCGUCGGACCAGUGCGGGAGGCUACUUGGCAUGUAGGAGAAAAGAAUCCCCGUUUAUAAUUCUUUAAUUGUCUUUUGAUUACAUUAUUCAAUUAAAUAAAGAAUUAUGCGCCUUUUGCUUCCUCUACACCAUGUACGAGUUCAUGUCUUGGAGUUUUUCUUUAAAAUACUGGUCACAGUCUAUGUAAGACUGCAAGUUUCCCACGUCGAAACGGCCGCCAAUCUCGUACACAUACACAGGUUGUCUGUAAUGAAAAUGUCAAUAUAUUGUCAAUAUCAUCUGAAAGCAAUAUUAUUCAUCGAAAUAAAACAUUUAAUUUCUAUUGUAGGUACCAUAUUAAAUCUACAAAAUGCCCCUGUAGAAGGUAGUGUGGAAAUCAAAGCAAUUGUGUUGAUACAUUUGUUGUUUUACCGUGGAAUGAGCCAAGACACAAAGUUUCCAGGGGCGUCUUUUUCCUGCAUAGGAGCAUCCUGGCGUGGUUGAAAUAUUGAUUCAAAUGAUACAGUAUUGUUGAAAGAGCAGUGCAGAUGAUUACCAUUACUUUUUUGUCUUGGAGGAAGUUGUCCAAUUGAGGGAGACUUUUCUUGGACAACACGUAGAAACAAGGACACUGAAGGGGGGGCAAAAAAAAAAAUUCAAAACAAGUGGUGCAAUUUACGGAGUCCGUAACCGGACAUGGGAAAAAAAGGAAAAAAUGGAGAGGGGAAAAAACAAACAAAAAAACAGGUGCCCUGGGGGUUAAGACACGGAAGUAAAAAAAAAAGUUUGCAUCAAAGCAAAAAAAGGAACAACAUUAGACUAAUCAAAGAAGAGAUUUGUGUACGACGCCCUCUAGUGGUUGCUCGGAUUAGUCCUUUUAUAAAUCUGAAAUUUGGGUGCAAAAACUGAGGCAUGGAGUAUUUAGAAUCCCGCAUUUGAGCAGAUUUGGACUAACGCAGGUUUGCACCAAAAAAAGAAAAUGUUAUAAUGAAAGCCAUAUGAUGUUCAACAUUUUUACUUGAGUGCUAAAUGAGGUUGCAGGAAUAAAGUCAUAUAAAUGUACUCAUGUCGAUUUUGAUUGUUUUUUUUCUUAAGUGAUACUGUAUUCAAAUAUCGCAAUAAUCGUCUCCAAUUGUAGUAUUGGGAUUAAUCGGGAUCUAAUCACAUCGUGACCUGUGAAUCGUGAUACGACUCGUAUCGCCAGAUGUGAGGCAAUACACACACCUGGUUGCCAUUGUUUAUUUGAGCUGCAACUACACAAGGCACAUUUAAUACCGUAUUGGCCCGAAUAUAAGACGGUGUUUUUUUGCAUUGAAAUAAGACUGAAAAAGUGAGACUCGUCUUAUAUUCGGGGUCCAGACAUUACACCCAUUCACGACGCUAGAUGGCGCCAGAUAUCAUUGAAGCGAAUGCUGAACUUAAGGAUUAAUGUUCUUGUCAUGACAGAUCUCAGCUACUCUUAAGUUUAACCAGUUUGCAUUAUUUUAUUGCAAUGUUUUUCCUUAUUCAGAUUUGUUUCAAGACUACAGUUACAGUUAGAGCUCACUUUGAUAGUUAAUGCAGUUAUUGCAAUUUUGUUGUUUUAUCACAAUAGAUUGGUUUAUUUACAUUUCUAAAAACCAGAAGCCAUUUAUUUACGAAUGUGAUUGCACUUUAGUUUACGUAUUUAAAUGUUCAGAUAUUAAGAUUUGAAUGAGGCAAAAUAACAUGCUUUUUCUCUCAAAUAUAUUGUUAUAAUCAUUUGUUUCAGAUGUAAUUAUUUUCUGUAUAAAAAUUAAUUUGGUGUUCAAAAAUGUUUUUUUACCAAACUUGAGUUUUGAAAAAGAGGGGGUCGUCUUACAAUCAGGGGGGUCUUAUAUUCGGGCCAAUACGGUAAUAGUCUGUCUUCUUUUUCUUCUUCCAUGUCCCCUUAGGAUCCC